AUCUCCUGUGUACUUUUCGUGGGGUGUGUGUGUGUGUGUGUGCGUGUUUGGAAUACAAGAAGUGUGUGUGUUUUGUGCCCUUGCAAUAGAGAGGACUGAUACCUCUCCAGGAUGCAUCAGCUGCUAGUGGUGACCUCAGUGCUGGUGGCACUCUGCUCUCUAGGGAGAGUGGAUUCUUCAGCCUAUGACAAGAUAGUCACCCACAGUCGCAUUCGGGCCAGGAAAGAAGGACCCAAUGUGUGUGCUCUGCAGCAGGUCCAGGGGACUAAUAAGAAGUACUUCAGCACAUGUAGGAACUGGUACAAAGGCUCCAUCUGUGGAAAGAAGGCCAUGGUCCUAUAUGAAUGUUGUCCUGGGUACAUAAAGCUGGAUGGCAUGAAAGGAUGUCCUGCAGUGGCACCUAUUGACCAUGUCUAUGGUACUCUGGGGCUUGUAAAGGCUACGACCACUCAGCAAUACUCUGACAUAUCCAAACUGAGAGAGGAAAUUGAAGGCAGAGGCUCCUUCACUAUGUUUGCACCCAGCAACGAUGCCUGGGAUCAGGUGGAAUCUACGAUACGAUCGGCACUGGUGGGCAACGUGAACAUCGAGCUGUACAACGCUCUACACUACCACAUGGUUAAGCGCCGACUUUUGACCAAAGACUUGAGGAACAGCAUGACUCUGAAAUCCAUGUACAACGACCUCGGGAUUUACAUCAACCACUACUCAAAUGGGAUUGUGACAGUAAACUGUGCCAGGAUCAUCCAUGGUAAUCAGUUGGCCACAAAUGGUGUGGUGCAUGUCAUUGAUCGGGUCAUAACCAGUGUGGGCAACAACAUCAAGGAAGUCCUGGAUGUAACGGAGGAACUCGCCUCCUUCAAAGAUGUGUUAAUGGCUUCUGAUAUGCUCGACAAGCUGGGCGAGCCUGGCCACUUCACUCUGUUUGCUCCCACUGAUGAAGCCUUUGAUAAAUUGGACCCAGGCUACUUGGAGCGUAUCAUGGAAGACAAGGAUGUUAUUGCGGCCCUGGUGAAAUACCACCUGUUGAACUCUGUCCAGUGUUCUGAAGCAAUCAUGGCAGGGUCUGUGUUUGAAACCGAAGAGGGCAGCACCAUAGAAAUUGGCUGUGAUGGCGACAGUUUGACAGUCAAUGGAAUCAAGAUGGUGCUGAAGAAGGACAUAGUCACGACCAAUGGCGUUAUCCACUUAAUCGACCAGUUGCUCAUCCCUAACAAAGCCAAGGAAGGGUUGGAGCUGAUGGGAGAAUCUCAGAGUACUUUCAGCAACAUGGUGAAUAAAUUGAACUUAGCCUCUGCCUUGGGUUCGAAAACAGAGUAUACACUCCUUGCUCCCGUCAACGCUGCCUUCACUUCUGAGGUGAUGUCAACAGACCAGAGUCUGUUGAAAUUCAUUAUGCAAAACCACAUCUUGAAGCUGAAAGUUACACUGAGUGAGCUCUACAAUGGACAGAUGCUGGAAACACUGGCUGGCAGAAUGCUCAGAGUCUUCAUUUACCGCACGGCUGUGUGCAUUGAAAAUGCAUGUAUGGUGCAGGGCAGUAAAGAGGGAAGCCAUAGUGCCCUCCAUGUCAUGAAGUCCCUCAUCAAACCGGCUGACAAAACAGUCUACGAUCUCCUGAUUGCUGACGGACGGUUCAAGACUUUCCUGGCGCUGAUGGAGACAGCUGAUCUGAUUGAUAUUCUGAAGAAGAAAGGCUCCUACACUAUCUUUGCACCAACUGACGAUGCCUUUCAAGGUCUCAGUAAAGAGGACAUGGCUGUUCUCAAAAGUGACCUGAAUGCUUUGAGGAUCAUUCUCCUGUACCACUUCAGUAAUGGCAUCUUCAUCAAUGGAGGACUGGAGGGAGGAGUUACCAACCUGCUCAAAACCCUGCAGGGCGGUAACCUGCAAGUUAUUUCUGUUAACAACUCUAUUAAUGUGAACACGGUGGAUGUGCCAGACAGCGACUUGAUGGCUACAAAUGGUGUGAUCCACGUGGUGAAGAAUGUUCUCUAUCCUGCAGACCUUCCUGUGGGCCGCCAGGACCUCCUGGUCCUCCUGAAGAAGCUGAUUAAGUACAUCCAGAUAAAGUAUAUUCCUGGAUUUUCGUACAAGGAGAUCCCACUCACCGUCAUCAAGAAGACCAUCACAACUACACAUUACCAUCAAAUAGUCCCUGAAACAAAGGUGACCAGAGUCAUUGCAGAGGAACCUACCAUCAACAAGGUUACAAGAGUCAUUAAAGCAGAACAUAACAUCACCAAGGUUACAAGAUUCAUUGAAGGAGACCCUGCCUUUACCGACGUUACAAGAGUCAUUGAAGGAGACCCUACCAUUACCAAGGUUACAAGAUUCAUUGAAGGAGACCCUGCCAUUACCAAGGUUACAAGAGUCAUCGAUACAGAACCUGUAGUCACCACGAUGAUUGUCAGUGGGGAAACCGGGAACACAGAAGUGACCAGGCUCAUCGAGGGGGAUCCUGCCUUUACUAAAGUGACCAGGCUCAUCGAGGGGGAUCCUGCCUUUACUAAAGUGACCAGGCUCAUCGAGGGGGAUCCUGCCUUAACUAAAGUGACCAGGCUCAUCGAGGGGGAUCCUGCCUUUACUAAAGUGACCAGGUUCAUCGAGGGAGACUCUUCGUCAACCAGGGUCUUUGAGGGACAGCCUACCAUUACCAAGGUCACAAGAGUUAUCGAAGGUGGAGAUCUUGAUGCAGAAGGACAGAUAAUUGCAGGUGGAUCCAGACAAACCACGGUGAACGAACCUCUUGUCAUUGAGGGCCCAGACUUUUCUAAGAUCACCACCAUUCACGGCAACCCAAAUCUGAUCGAUGCGGAAUCGGAGAGAAUCACCCAACUCAUUAAAGCCGGGGGUAAAUUUGCCGCUGCCAGGAAAGCUCCAGCUGGAGUGAGGAGAAGAAGGAAGAUGGUCAGGCGUCACCACAAGCCGAGGCAGUGAAUCCAAUAGAGAGAAAACAUCUCUGGUUCACCGCAGAGACUGAAUGCAUCUCCAGUGCUCCUGGUAGAGUGCUGGAGGAUGAAAGAAACUGUGUACCAAUAGAGAGAGAUCAAAUCAUUCUAGCAUUUUUUGUCGAAAACACCAGUAAACAGGAUUGUUUACUAUUCCAUAUUAACCAUACUUGUUAUGGAAUGGUGUGUUAUAGCAUUGCAUUUCCAAUAGAAAAAAUAGCAUUUAAGUACUCGGGAAAUAUGGACUUUUGAGAUAGAUGGUGUGUAAGGUGAAAUAUAUUUACCACAGAGAGAUAUUUUGAACUUUUUUUAUGUCAAUUUUAAACGGAUGGCUUGGGAAGAGUGUUGUUUGCUUUUUAUGGUGCUCGCAUUUUGUACUAUUGAUGCAUUUUUAAGAAUACACCAAAUUAAAUAGUGUUUUUCUAAACCUCUGUAAAUUAUCACAUGCUGAUUAAAAAUACAUUUCAUUUUUA